AUGGCGCUUCGAAAGCAGCUCCUGUCUCUGGAUGAGGACGAGGAUGAAGCGCCUGUCUUCCAGGUGAAGAAGAGCCGCCUGAGCCGGCAGAUGGCUGCCACCAAGGCACCUGCAGACCUCGCCUUCCGAAAGCGGAAGUCGCGGGAAGAGGAGCCAGCGCCGAAGGCGGCAGCACCAGCGCCGAAGGCAGAGGAGCCUGAGCUGAUCGUCUCUGAGCCCUGCCCUGGCUUCGAGGAUGAUGUCGAGCCGGCGGAGGUGGGCGCCCUAGAGGCGGUCCGUCUGGCCCGCGCCCAGCGCGCCGCAGCGCGGGGGGUGCCGGUGAAGCAAGGUGCUUCCGCCCCUGCGCCCACGGAGACCAGUGCUCGCAUCAAGGCGCUGGCUGCAGCAGCGCAGCGGGAGCUGCAGGAGGAAGAGGAGCCAGAGGAUGCCGCGGAAGACUGGGCUCAGCGGCAGCUGGCGGUUGGGCUACACAAGCGCAAAGCACAGGCACCCGUGGAGGAGCUCGACCUGGAGCAGGAGAUCAUGCAGCUGAACCAGGAGGGCGUGUCCCAGGUUCGGAAGGCUGCUGAGCGGGUGGCCAAGGGCCACAAGGGGGAGGAGGCAGUCCGGAAGCAGGAGACAGGCCUGCUGGUGCCCAGCGAUGCCAUGGCUAAGCUCUGGGAGAGCCUCCAAGGCCUGGAGAGCUCCGCGACCAACCGCGAGGCCAAACUGGAGGAGCUAAAGUCGCAGCGGGACGCCGCCCAAGACGAGCUCCGAGAGAUUGAGCGGCAAGACAAGCAGUUGAACCGAACCUUGCGCUGCGUCCGUGAGCUUGAGGAGUCGGCUUGGAGUCUUGGCGGCCUGCUGGAUGAGAAGUCCGGAAAGUGCAAGCAGGCCACUCAGAUGCUGGCGCAGAUCGAAGAGGACUUUGUCCAGCGCAGAUCUCGACGGCGAAUGCGGGACAUGGCAGCAGCGCUGCGUGCAGUCGGAGCGUCACUGACCUACCAGCAGUCCUGCGCAGAGGCAGAUGAUGGCGAGGACAAGGAGAAGGAUCCAGAAGAGGAGGAGAAGAAGCAGGCAGCAUCGCGAGAGAGACGGCGGCAGAGACGUCUCCUGCGGAAGCCGACGCUGGAUGGCUGGGACACAUCAGAUGUGAGCGAAGAUGAUGGCUUUCAGCAGGCGUCCAAGGAUCGGAGCAGCUUCUGCGAUGCAGUGCAUUGCCAGCUCUUCAAGGAUGUGUCUGAGGAGUUCAGCAGCGCGUCAGCAGUGCUGAAGGCCUUGAAGUCCUCGAAGCAAAAGCUGCAGGAGGAGUACCGCCAGGCCUUCGUGCACUUGGCGCUGCCAGAGGUCUUCGGCUUCUUCGUGGAGCACUCCACUCUCUGGUGGGACCCUCUGAGCCUUUGCGCCACUCACGGGGCGAAUUGGGGCCCCAAGAAGGCGCUGCUCAGCACUCAGCUGGAAGCCUUCGACUGGUUCGAGGACAUGGCAGCCUUCACCGAGAUCAUGGGGGAUGAUGACCCCGAUGGCGAGUUGGUCCCCAAGAUCGUGAAGCAGUGCAUCUUCCCCGAGGUCGCCCGACGGCUGCGUCAGUGUUGGGAUGUCACGUGCCUGGAGCAGAGCAAGAAGGUGGCAGCACUCCUGGACGAGUGCCUCCUGUUCGAGGUGGGUGAAGAUGGAGGCUUCAACACGUUGCUGCAGGCAGCCUUGGAGCGCCUGCAGAUGGGCCUCCGGGACUUUGCGCCGGAGGUCUUCGUUCCAGCCACCUCCGUGACUGCCUGGUAUACCUCAGAAGCGCGAACGCGCCUGCUGUGGCGGUGUUGCAAGAUCGCCCACUGCGCGGCGCAGUUGGAGGGCCGCCUGCCGGAGGAGCAGCUGAAGCCGCUGCUGCUGGAGAUCUUUGGCACCCGUGUGGCGCCGCACUUGCAGGCUCCGCGGCGCCACCCUCAGGAGAUGCAGCUGGUGGAGAGGUUUCUGGAGAUCCUCCCGGAGAGGUGGCUCGAGCCGCUGCCUGCGGCUUUGGCGCCGCUGCGGGACGCGCUGGGCCCGCGGGCGCCCGCGAACUGCGAGGCCACGCGCCCGCGCGCCGUCCAGGCGCUGCAGCGGAUGAAGUGCUGGGAUGAAGCAGAAGCUCUGAAGCUGUGA